AUGACCGGUGCCCUCUUCGCUGGCCAGACCUCCCUGCCUCGCCUGCCCGUGCCGCCACUGGAGCAGACGCUGAAAAAGUACCUCCGCUCCACCCUCCCACACCAACCGUCCAAGGAGGCGCUCCAGGCGACCAAAAACGCCGUCGAGGCUGCGCUGAGCGGGGCAGACGCCAAGACGUUUCAGACUCUCCAGCAGCGCUUGCUUGAGCGCAGGGACAGUAAGGACAGCUGGUUAAGCGAGUGGUGGAACGAGGCGGCGUACAUGGCGCCGCGGGACCCGAUCGUGCCGUACGUAAACUACUUUUAUAAACACCAGGAUGACCGCAAGCGCAGGGACAACGUCACGCGCGCGUCCGCGCUCCUCAAGGGCGUCCUCGCCUUCCGCCGCCUCGUUGAAUCCGGCCAGCUUGCGCCGGAGAAGACCAAGACCGGCCUGCUCUGUUCCGCGUCGUACCCCUGGCUGUUCAACUCGACGCGCCUGCCGCGCAAGGGCCUGGACCAUGCGGUCAAGUACCCAGCCCAGUCGCACAAUCACCUUGUCGUUCUGCGCAACGGCAAGUACUGGCAGUUCGACCUUGUCGACCGUGCGACCGGGCAGGAGCUCAGCGAGAAGGAGAUUCAGACCCAGCUCAAGCGCAUCCUCGCCGACCCAGAGGGCAAGUCGCAGGAAGAGUACCCCAUCGGCGCGCUGACGGGCGACGACCGCGACAAGUUUGCGCAAGCGCGGCAAGACCUGCUCGCCGUCUCGCCGGACAAUGUGCGCGCACUAGAGGCGAUCCAGUCGUCCGUCAUUGUGCUCUGCCUCGACAACCUCUCCCCCGUUACGUUGGACGAGGGCGCCUGGGAGCUCUGGACUGGCAACGGCGCGCGGAACCGGUUUUUUGACAAGCAGCAGCUCAUCGUCUUCGACAACGGUUCCUCGGGCUACAACGGCGAGCACUCGACCAUGGAUGGCACGCCGACUCUCCGCAUGAACGACUUUAUUCUCGCCGCCGUCGAUGCGGGCAAGAUCGACAUGGGAACAUCGGCGCGCUCCGCGGCGGAGCUACCCGCGCCGACGCGCAUCACGUUCCAGCUGAACGACGGCGUCCGGCGCGCCAUUUCACGCGCACUGCAUGACUUUAGCGCCCUGCUCGCCAAGCAUGACCUCGAGGUGCUCGACUUCCAAGGCUACGGCAAGGAGGCCAUCAAGGCGUUCAAGUGCAGCCCGGACGCCUGGGUCCAGAUGGCAAUCCAGCUGGCGUACUACAAGAUGUACGGAAUACCCUGUGGCACGUACGAGAGUGCUCAGACGCGCAAGUUUCUCCUCGGCAGGACGGAGGUGAUCCGCUCCGCCAGCGUCGAGAGCAAGGCGUUCUGUGAGGCCAUGACCGACGCGAGCGUGUCGGACGAGCAAGCGUAUGAAAAGUUCCAAGCGGCCGUCAAGCAGCACCUUGCGUACGCCAAGGAUGCAGCGGAUGCGCAGGGCGUCGACCGGCAUCUGUUCGGGCUCAAGAAGCUGCUGCGGCCGGACGAGCGGCUGCCGGCUCUGUACUCGGACGCUGCGUUCGCCGCGACGUCGACGUGGAAGCUGUCCACGUCACAGAUCUCCUCAGAGCGCUUCACGUCGUGGGGCUUUGGCGAGGUGACGCCUGAAGGCUACGGAUGCGCGUAUGCCAUCAAGGCAGACAGCCUCACGUUCACGCUGACCAGCCUUAAGCUCAGCACACGCACACUCAAGCACUACAUCAACGAGGCGUGUUGCGAGAUCAGGGACUUACACAAGCGCCUCGCGACCAAGCAGCACGGCGCCGCCGGUGCGAAGCUCUGA